GAAGCAACCCCACAUCUUCCUGAACUCCAAAGUUCAGUCAGGCAAGAGCAAGCGUAUCGGCAAGGGUGGGCGACGAUGGUACAAAGACGUCGGCCUGGGCUUCAGGACCCCGAAGACCGCCAUUGAAGGCUCGUACAUCGGUAUGUAGCCCAGCUUCAGACCUUUCUGGAUACUCGAUUGCGUUUGCAUUGAAGAUCGCGAAGAUGGCGGAGCACUUUUGAACUGCAACACACCAUCUGUUAUAACAUCAUGCGCAACCAUAUACGGUGCUUCGCACGUAUCACACUGCUACCUGGGUCAACGAGGGAAAUAUACGUGCUAAUUCUGGUGUUUGAUAGACAAGAAGUGCCCCUUCACUGGAAUGGUCUCUAUCCGCGGACGUAUUCUCACCGGAACCGUUGUAUCUACGAAGAUGCAUCGUACUCUCAUCAUUCGCCGCGAAUAUCUUCACUUUAUUCCCAAAUACGCUCGUUACGAGAGACGUCACAAGAACCUUGCUGCGCACGUAUCACCUGCUUUCCGUGUCGAGGAUGGCGACCAGGUCACCGUUGGACAAUGCAGACCAUUGAGCAAAACUGUCCGCUUUAACGUUCUUCGCGUAUUGCCCCGUACUGGAAAGGCUGUCAAGCAGUUCAAGAAAUUCUAAGCAUGAUUCUCUGGGGUUUGGUUUCUACAUGGGACAGUGUGGGCAUGCAUGACAGUAUGCUGGAAAAGCAUCAUGUAGCUUAGCAAAAAUAUAUUGCGCAUGGGCUGCAAAUGUCAAUUCUUCUCAACACUCGAAAAUACGGUAGACGAGGUGCAACACAACGGGGAUGCUCAUUUUUAUCUGGAGUACGAUGCCCUGCUACAUGUCCGCAAUGUUUCAAUAUACAGGUUUCCCUCGCUUAUUAAAGUUGAAUUCCUGCUGAGAUUUAGGUAGGCUGGUCACGUCUCGUAGUAUGAGUAGCGGCUAGAGUUUAGAAAUUCAUGAUGUUUUGGAGGUUUCUAAG